AUGGCCGUGGGCCUCAACAAGGGCCACAAGGUGACAAAGACCACCAGCAAGCCGAGACACAGCCAGCGCUGCGGGCGCCUCACCAAGCACACCAAGUUCAUGUCAGGCAUGAUCCGGGAGGUGUGCAGCUUCACGCCCUAUGAGCGGUGCGUCAUGGAGUUGCUCACGGUGUCCAAGGACAAGCGUGCGAUCAGGUUCAUCAAGAAGAGGGUGGGCACGCACAUCCGAGUCAAGAGAAAGUGGGAGGAGCUGAGCAACGUCCUGGCAGCCAUGAGGAAGGCGGCGGCCAAGAGGGAUUAAUGAAGCCUUCCCCAA